AUGCACUUACGAGAACAGCCGAUUGGCGGCCGGCAUCCGUCGGUAGCUCUGAUCGGGAAGCCCGGAGUGGCCAGCGAUGCAGAGCAGAGCCGCGGCAUUACUGGAGUGUUCCCGCUUGGAUGCAAGGGCUUGCUCGCUUUGCAAAUCAAUCGCCCCGAUGGUUCCUCUCCUCAGGCGAUUUACUCCAAUUCCCCUCAUUGCUUUCUAUUGCAUCUUAUUUUAAUCAUCUGUCCGGUUACAGAUUUUACUUACUUCCAGCCAGGUGUCUUUCUCUUGAAACCCCCAUCCUCACCCUCACUUCCACUGCUCCAACCAAGCCACCCCUUCAAAAUGCAGUUCAUCACUCUCGCUGUCGCGUUUGCCUUUUUCACUGGUGUCACUUCGUCACCGGUGCCCCUUGAUCGCAGAGGGCGAACCGAUGAACCGUUGGGAAGCAGCAGCGACGCUUCCGCCAGCGCAUCGGCUGCCGCAAACGCCAAUGCUCAAUCAGCGAUGGCCAACGCCGCAGCGGUUGCUCGUGCCCACGCUGGCCAACCAGCCUCCUUCGGUGGGCCACCCACGUCGGCCUCAGCUGACGUAAGCGCGGCCGCCGCCGCACGCGCCCACGGUCAAUCAGCCUCAGCCAAUGCCGCCGCGGCCGCCUAUGCUCACUCUGGCUCGCCAGGCCUACCCUACUCGCCAUCGUCGGCGUCCGGUGAUGCCAGAGCCAACGCGGCCGCAUCUGCAGCCGCCAAGGCCCAUUCCCCACCCGCCAUCAACUCGCUGGAAGGCUUUGCUCCGGGCUCUCCACCUGCUGGGCUGCCUUCGUCAUCAUCAGCUAAAGCUGCAGCAUCAGCAGCUGCCGCCUCUCACUUGGGAGGACCGAUCAACACCCACAACAUCCCCACUAGACCUUCAGGCCUGCCACUAGCCGGACCCUCCUCUCUUGGCUCACCCGGUGCACCAGAUCUCUCAGCCUCCACAGGCCCUGGCGCCGGUGGUUCUCCACCUAUCGGCCUACCUUCCGGCAGCCCUUUGAGCCUGGGACACCCCCCAAUUAUUGUUGCAGGCGGCUCUUCCACUACAAGCAGUUCAUCCAAAGGCGGCUUUCCCCUUGGUGGCCUUGGCAUCCCUGGUCUAGGCGGUCUAGGAGGUUCUCCCAGUGGCUCUUCCUCCUCGUCUAGCGAUUCAUCGAGCAAGGGGGCUUCCCCUCUCGGCGGCAUGGGCAUUCCUGGUCUAAGCGGUCUCGGUGGCAUGGGCAUCCCCGGUCUGAGCGGGCUCGGUGGCUCUUCGAGUGGCUCAUCAUCUUCGAGCGGCUCUCCAUUUGGCGGGCUCGGUAUCCCUGGUUUGGGCGGUCUUGGAGGUUCCCCCAGUGGCUCUUCGUCUACGUCCAGCGAUUCUCCGAGCAAAGGGAGCUCCCCACUCGGGGGCAUGGGCAUCCCUGGUUUAGGCGGUCUUGGCGGCCUGGGCAUCCCCGGCCUGAGCGGACUCGGUGGCUCUUCAAGUGGAACAUCUGGGUCAAGCGAUUUCUCAAGCAAAGGCAGCUCUCUACUUGGCGGGCUAGGCAUACCUGGCCUAGGCGGCCUCGGUGGUGCUUCGAGUGGAUCCUCCGGCUCAAGCGAUUCCUUAAGCAAAGGCACCCCCUGA